UGCUCAACGAUGGCGUGUUUUGCUAUGUGAGAUCUAUAAACCCCGUAAAAAUGUGUGUUUGAGGUGUUUCUAAUAUUUAUAAUAGUUCAAAUGGUGAAUAGUUUUAGUGACCACUGUUCAUUUAGCUAACAUCAACAUCAUCUUACGAAAAACAUGGAGUUGAAAUUACAUUCUCCCGCGGGGGCUGAGCCUGUAUUAUAUACCUGGCCGUUAACCUCUGGUCGUGGAAACGACAAACACGAUGGGGCUAUCGAAAUUGUGGAAACCAUUAGAUGGGUCUGUGAAGAUUUACCUGAAUUAAAACUGCCAUUGGAAAACAACAUACUUUGUGACUACGACACUAGAAGCUAUGAGAGUAUGAAAUCAUUAUGUGAUAGGUUCAACAGAGCCAUUGAUAGUGUGGUAGCACUGGAAAAAGGUACGUCACUUCCAGCUCACAGGUUGAACAAGUAUCCUUCUAGAGGUUUAUUGCGUCAUAUUUUGCAACAAACUUAUAAUGCUGCUGUUACUGAUCCUGAAAAACUUAAUCAGUAUGAACCUUUUUCUCCUGAAGUUUACGGAGAAACUUCUUAUGAUUUAGUUUGUCAAAUGAUCGACCAGAUAGAGAUUACAAAAGAUGACGUAUUUAUUGAUCUGGGAUCUGGAGUUGGACAGGUUGUUUUGCAGAUGGCAGCUGCAACUCCUUGUAAGAUAUGUCUUGGAAUUGAAAGAGCAGAAGUACCAAGUAGAUAUGCUGAGAGCAUGAACAAGAACUUCCGUACUUGGAUGCAAUGGUAUGGUAAGAAGUAUGGCGAGUAUAAGUUGUUGAAAGGAGAUUUUUUAACUGAAGAACACAGGGAGAAAAUCAAUCAGGCCACCAUCGUUUUUGUUAAUAAUUUUGCUUUUGGCCCAGCAGUAGACCAUCAACUAAAAGAGAGAUUUGCAGAUUUAAAGGAUGGUGCGAGGAUAGUUUCAUCUAAAAGUUUUUGUCCGUUAAACUUUAGGAUUACCGACAGAAAUUUGAGUGAUAUUGGAACUAUUAUGCAUGUAUCAGAGAUGUCUCCUCUACGAGGAUCUGUCUCGUGGACUGGCAAACCGGUUUCUUAUUAUUUACACAUCAUUGAUCGCACAAAAUUAGAAAGGUAUUUUCAGCGGUUGAAAAAACCGCAGUUAAAGCAUGGAGAGGAUGAAAAUACUAAUUCUAGGAGUGCAAGAGACAGAGCUAAGAGGGACCUUUCUAAACAAUUGGCACCAGAUUCUACGUCAGAAUCUGAUUUCGAUGAUCAAGAUAGUAAUUAUGGACCUACAACUCGCAAGGCUUGGUCAGAUUAUUGCUCCAAGGAAAAAAGUAGUCAGUCUGAGGAGGAUUCUUCAAUUUCCAAGGUCAAGAGACAACCAAAGAAAUUAAGAAGGAAGGUAUGCAGAGGAGGGAAGAAUUCUAUUCAGCAAGAAAAGCAACAGAUACAGAAAGCCCCAGCAAAACCGAGAAGGGGUAGAGUAAAGAAAGCUAAGCCCAAGAAGCAAAUUAAAAUCAAUGGCUUGGACUUGCUGCACAAUGAAACAUUGCUUAGUACAUCACCUCAAGCAAUCGGAAAGAAACUCCCGCCAGCGCCCGGUUGUGUAGAUCAACAACUAACUGCUUUAAGUUCAGAAAUAAUCAUUCACAAUGAAUUGGAUAUACCAGAAGAACCAUCAGAAACACCAUAUGGGUUACAAGUUCUUCUAGAUAUGUUUAAAGGUCACUAUAUGCAGAUGCUACACCAAAUGAAGAAUCCUUUAUACAAAAGCACAGUGGAGAGUCAAAUCGAAGAAGAAAAGGAGAGAAACAAAAAACUUAAAAGCCGUGCUGCGCAAUUAGAAAAACAAAUCAAAGUGCUCAUCGACGAUAGUGUGGCUCUGCUUAAAGCAAGAAUGAGUGAAUUGGGAAUCAAUGCAUCCUCUCCCGUAGAUUUGCUAGCAAAAGCUAAAGAAAUAGUUUGUCGACACAAAGAGUUGCAAGCAAAAGCGAGCAAAUUACAAGGACAAGUUGCUAAUUUAGAGGCAGAGCAAAAUAAUCAUAUUCUUCAAAGGCAAGCCGAAGUGUGUGAGAAGUAUAUGGGUUCGGCGACAAGCCAUGAUUUAUCUCCUAGUGUUGCCCAAGAAUAUAUUUUAAGGGAAAUAUCUUCUACACUUGCCCAUAGAAAGAAGUUACAGAAUGAGGUUUCAAAGUUGGAAGGUGAUAUAGUUAACUUACAGAAAACUAGUGAAGAACGUAAGCAAGCCCAGGUGUUAGCUGCUAGGCAGCAACAGCAACCCGUGAAGGUUUCUAGGAAGGCCAGGGAGUAUAGAGCUAGAUCUCAAGAUUGGCCUGAUGUGCCAGAUAUUGCUAAGAUCGAAGAACAAAAUCCUGAAAUAUUAGCACAGAAGAUUCUUGAAACUGGAAGAAAAAUUGAGGCUAGUAAACUCUCCGCAAUUUCUAGCAAGAUGCCCCAGUUGCCAGGAAAUUCAAAUAAGACAAUUCAAAACGGUACACGUAGCUUAAUUAGAAACAAUAUGCCGGCACCACUUCCCGUGACCAAAAGGCAGAAGACGUCACAUAACAAUUACUCAACUGUUAGUACACCGAACGUAACCACUAACGGUAACAUUUCCAAAAGCCAGGAGCCUCCGCGACUAACAAAUUUUGAGGACCGUUUGAAGAGUAUCAUUACUUCAGUUUUAAAUGAGGAUCAGCAAAAUAGAUCUAAACAGUCUCAACCCAAUAUUCAACCUUCUACUCUACACCACUACCCCUCCCAUAAUCCCCAAUCCACAAACGUGGUCACUGUUCAGCAACAUCAUAGCACAAGUUAUGGAUCUCAUAGCUAUAAUUAUCAAAAUAAUUUCGUUACACCAAAACAGGAAGAGAAACAACGUAAAUUCGUUGUUCAGGCAAGUAAAUACACUUCUCGUUGUGAGACUGUAGUGCGACAGAAUGAAGAAAACCAUCAUUUUCCACACCAGGAAGGUUUAGCCAGCAUGAUGGAAUGUUAUCGAGAAGAGAUACCCAAGGUGUCCCCUCAGGUCCAAAUCCAGAAGUCGUUGAAUCCAGAACAACCAGAUUACACACAGGUUUCACCAGCUAAGCUUGCACUACGGCGGCAUUUGUCUCAAGAAAAGUUGGCACACCAGCAACUUCCGUACAACCCUUCCGAUGGGAUAGUUGCUACAAGAACAAUAGGUGAUUUGAUGUCAGGAGAAAUAGAAAGGACUCUGGAAAUUUCAAAUCAAUCCAUAAUAAAUGCAGCUGUUGACAUGAGUGAUAUACAAGGUACAGCGACUCUGACUUCCAGAUCAGUGGUUAAUGCUAAUCUACCUCCCCGUCCAGAGAGAGUCAACGUAAAAGUGCCUAAUCCCGAAACACCUCAAACACCUAAAGAUGUAGAACCUAUGAGGCAAACAGUUUACAGUCCCAUUUCUAGACCUUCUUCCGCAGAAGGUCUAGAAGGACUUGCCUACAUGCAUUCCCACGUGAAAGUUACUUCUCACAAUGUACAUCAGUACACUACGCCUUCACAGUUGAGUCCUAGACAACAGUAUUCACCGAGGACCACUGUUCUAUAUCCUACACAGUCGAGAGCUGCUUCAGUGAACUCUAACUAUUCCACAAAUGAGUUGUACACUCCGUUACCGCGGGCUGACAUAAAGCCGUAUCAUGAAUCAUAUUUUAGUGAUGUAAAGCCACCUGCUCCUUUAGAAAAUGAAACGAGGAAUAGUUUUGUGCCCGAAGGAUUGGCAGUGAGUUUACAAGCACGAGUUUUAGCUCCACCAAUAAAAGAGGAAGUUGAGAUGUACGAAAGGAGACAGGCAUAUCUUCAGCAAACUAUGUUACCAAAUAUAUCUUCUUACCAGGAUCAAAGCAAUGCUAUCAAAGCGGAGGGUAGUGAAGGGAUUUAUAAGAGAGAGUCGCCAAUUAUCCAUGGAGCAAUUCGUACUAAUAUAAAAGGAACGUCGACGCCGUAUCUUGCCGAUGGACAUAGAACAAACUUUACCAACAACAUCUCGCCAGAACCUCACUCAAACACAUCUACGCCUUUAGUUGACGAAGUGCAAGAAACGUCGAGACCGAGAAAGUGCAAUGAAGAAGAUGUAGAUGUGGUGGAAGAAGAAGGUGAAGAGUCAAAAUGGCAGGAUAGGAUCUCUUCUGGUUUUGAUAGACUCGUAGCAUUUGCAUCAACUGAACUUGACAAAAGGCGCAGGUCCACAGAAGGCAAUGACAGUUGCAACACCUCUCCAGAUUCAGGUAUAGGCCAUGGACAUGGAGACUUACAUCCCACUUCUAUCAAUGUUGUCCCACCAAAACAAACCAUAAAACUAAACCCUAAUCCUAAGCCAACACUCUUUAAAAUGCCAACAAAUAAAACAUACUUAGAGUCUCCAACUGGCUUAGAACAUCCGGACGAGUCGGGACCUCCCAGAACUCCUUCACCGACAUCUCCUCAGUCAAAUAGUCUCUCUAUUAAUUUCAGUCCAGAGCCAGUUCCUGUUGAAAAGAGUCCUACACGAUUGAAUCCCGCUUUGCUAAAAUAUCAACGAUAUCCGGAAGAGAAGAAGAAGCCCGAUACGCAUUUUAAGAAGAAAUUUUAUUACCGAGAACAUUGGAGGGACGAUUCUUGGUCGAAAAAUGACAGACAUGAACCCAAGUUCAAGCCGAAAGGUAAAGAUUGGGAUUGGAACAAGGACCACCAGAAUGAUAUUCAUCACGUUGUUGGUGAUGGAUGGGGUAGGUCACACGACUACAGCUGGAAAAAUUGACACUAUUUGAACUAUUAUUAUGGCAGUUUAGAUGUCACAAAGCGAAUUUGUAGUAGCUCGUAUCCUUAUUACUUUUAAAGUUGUAUACUAUUCACGCAGACCAAAAGUUCAUAAUUUUUUUUAAAUAAUUGAUAAAUAUGUUCUCUAUUUAUAUUCGUGUUGACAGUUAAUUUUCAAUUAUUUUGUGUAAUUAUUGGCCCUAUUGCCACUUUAGACUUAGUAGGUGUUGCAAAUAGAGCAAAUGUGUCAUUUUUUAAAAUUUCUACAUUCUCAAUGAUUUUGGAAAAUGACAAUAGAUGCUUUGAGGGAGCAAUAAUAAAUACACUUGCUUAUGAUAUCCGGCAAAUGCAUCGAUACGUUUUGUUUGCAUCUUUAUUUUUAUACGAGUCAAGUAGUGUUGUGUUUGUUGUAUUAUAAAAUGUUUUUUUUUUUUUUCAUUGUUUUGCAAACAACUUUUGUACUGCAGUUAAAAAUUAAUGUCUAUUUGAAUAAAAUGUUUUAUAAUUUUCAAUGAAUAGAUGGCCACCUCUAAAAUUUAUGAACAUUAUGCCUUCUUGAAAAAAAUGUAGCCAAACAUUAAAGUAAUUUUUAGCAGGUGGUUUGAAAUGUAAAUAGCAGAGUAAUAGUUUCCGGUCGGAUAAUUUGGUCUGAAAAAAUACAACGUUAAAAGUGAACUGUUAAAAUGAAUAAAUGGCAUGUUUGGGGUUUAGGGAAACCGCAAGCAGCAUAACAACGACUGCAAUUUUGUGUUCAAAUCGUAUGUUCAUACGAAAAAAUUUAAUUUAAUUGGCAUAAUUUAUUUGCGUUAUUGUCCUGAGAUAUGUACAAUUGUAUUCAAUACUAUCACUGCCUUUAAUAACUCAUCUCAUCUUGCUUCUAAAUUAUUGGAUAAGCAUUUAAUUUAUUCAUUUUGUAUAAAAAGGAAUAUAUUGUAAAUUAUUAUUUAUAAAAAAAAGAAACAUCAAUAUCUAGUGUAAAUAAAAACCGUAAACGUAACUGAAAAUUUUAGUACAACUUUUGUAAAUAGAGUAGUAAAAUUAGGAAACUGAAAUUUAGGUAAAUUAAUUAUACUGAAUAUUAUUUCCACUGAACGUUUUAAAUGGUAGCAGUAUAGUUAGGUUACUUUGAUACGAUAGUUUUUUGUACCAAUAAUCGAGUGCAAGUAUAUUUACUGCCACUUUUUUAAUAAAUGAAGUACAUGUCAUUACCUAAUUAAUGUAAUUAUUAGAUAAUUUAGAUGAUGUAGUGAUGACAUGUACCUGAAAUGCUUGUACUGGAGACUCUCCAAUUGCACCUUACGUAUCAACGUUUCUCUGUUUAUAUACGGAGUGUACGGUGAAAUGUGUCAUUUUAUAAAGCGUCACAUUUUAUCUUUACUUUGUGUAAGUUUAAUUGGUGAUAUUUUGUGCUUAUAAUUUGUAUUUUACUUUUUUUUGUUAUAAGUUUAACUUUAUUAACAAUUAUAUUAAUUAUGUUGUUAUUAUUACAUUAUGUUAUAGUCUAUUUUUGUAGUGCUAUUGUGUUAGGAAUUUUAAAACAGUUUUGUUUGUAAAAUUUUAUUUCAUCUGCAUCUAUUUUCCUUUCAGUUUUGUUGUUCUCGUGCACAUUUAUUAAUUUCAAUCAGUUUCUUAGCCAAAGGUUAAUUUUACCGUCUAGUAGUUUUAUCAUUUAAAAUUUUACUGUAUCUUGAUAACACCAAAGCUUCUGUAAUUUUUCCCAAAAACGGAUAUCGGUUUGACUGAUUAUGAAUUAAUAUAUAUUUUUUUGUUAAUUCGAUUGUCAUUUUAAGAUUGAAAAUAGUAAAAGUUUUCUUGAAAAUUGUCGAGAUUACUAUUUUGAAUGUGAAUAAGAAUAGGGAUAGAUUGUAUGUUAUAUAUAUGUAAUUUUGAUUAAGUCGGUAAUUAUGGUAUCACAUACUGCCAAUUAUUUAAUAAAUACAUUA